AUGGAUUUGGAGUACCUGAAACCUGGCUUUGAUCCGAAUAGCCUGAAAGUGGCGCAACUGAGAAGGAUUUUGAUGGAAAAUGGAGUCGAGUUCUCACCGCAGUCGAAGAAGAGUACGUUGGUAGGGCUGUUUGAAGCGCGUGUGAAGCCUGAGAUACCUAAGUUGAGGAGCAGAUACGACAAUUUGUUGCCCAGUGAUAAGGGGAUUGUGAAAGUGGCAGUGAACAGCAGUAAGAAAGUCAAAAAGAGAGAGAAGCAGAAGAAGAAAAAGGGUAAGAUUAGCAGUGCAGAAUCUGCAGCUUUAUCCGGAUCAGAGAACCACGAGGCUGAUAGCAACAGCGGCGCUAGCGCCAAAUCUGAUCGCGCGGUGGAUCUCAUCGCCAGCACAGCGUUUAGUGACGUUAACGAGUUUCAGCAAGGCGGUGCUGCCAAGAGAAAAGCUAGGAAGAGAAAGAUAGUAGAGAAGGAAGGGAAUGAGGAUCGAGAGGGGCUCUUGGAUAUGGGAGUCGGUGUGGAAGAUCAAUCGCAUGGCGGAGCCUUGGAUAAGAAGAGGAGACGCAAGAUUGGCGAAGGUGAACAUACUCCUAUUACGGAAAAGGUGGCUCAGAAGUCACCUAAUAAAUCACCACACAAGUCCUUGACUAUCGAUAAGUUCGAAUCUUCUUCAUCUUCGGAAUCUUCUUUCAAUGAGUCUUCGAUCCUUAAUGUAUCUCGCCGGGGUCAUGCUGGAACCGAGAGAUCCGACGAUCGGGAUACUAUCAAGAAUGAUUUCAGUUUUGAGCGGAAAACGCUUGUGCCUGAUCUCAAUAGCCUGAACGUUUCGCCUGCUUUUGCGGAUGAACUAAAGGUGGCCUAUAAGGAUAACUCCGUCCCCGUUCUUGCUCGGCCGGAGUCGCAUUCCGAACUGGAAAUGAACUACAUAUCCGGCCCGGCAGAAAUAAGCGUAGGAAAGGAGACAUCCACUGAAGCGUCAACUAACGUACCCCAUGGAGAUUUGACUUCAACUGCUAAGUCUGAAUCAUCAGAUGAUAACAGGGAAUGUCAGCUCGACACUGAGAAAGAUGUCAGUCACCAUGGAGACAUCAACGUCGAGCAACCCUCGAUGAUAAAUACAUCUCAACUGCCUGCGGAGGUCGAUCUUGUGGGGACGCACGAUUAUAUCGAGCAAGUCACAGAGAAAGAGCAUAACCUUCGUACGAGGGCUUGGCCGGCUAAAACAUUUUUCAAGUCGCUUGGAAGAAUGCUGCGGGAUAUCUCACUUUUCCUUAUAAUUGUCAUGCCUAUCAUUUAUGGUCUUUGGUAUCGUGAACAAAGAAUUUUGAUAGGUUAUUGUGGGCAUGAGACAGAAACAGGCAAACUGUUUGAUAGCAAAAUAACAGCACUUUCCAAAAUUGAUGAAUUUCUGGAGAGUCAAAAGCCAAAUUGUUUGCCUUGUCCGGAUCAUGCCAUUUGCUACCCAUUAAUGCAGAUGAAGUGCCAACCUGAAUACGCACUGCAUAGAAAUAGGUGGAGCUUACAUCAUUUGCUUCCACUUAGUGAUAGUUGCGUUAAAGACACGAAAAGAGAAAAAUUAGUCUCCGAGGUCGUUAAGAAAUCUCUGGAGUUUCUAAGGAUGAAGAAUGCUCAGUACUCUUGUGGAGCGUCUAAUGAUUACUCCAAGAGUGGAAUGACGGAAAAGGAAUUAUAUCAAAUAUUUUAUGAAUCACGGGCUCCCUGGAUCAACGACGAUGAAUUCGAUGAGCUGUGGUCUCAGGCCGUCUCAGACCUGAUUAAGGAACCUGAAAUAACUUGGAGGCAAGUGAGUAAUGACUUUUUUUCAUCAAGUAAUUCAAAAAUCAUUAUUACUAACAAUCAAGAGAAGUGGGUUCAGUUACCAAACAGUAAACCUUCAGCCAUUGACAGCACCAACGACCAGCUUACAAUCGAUGGUGUUCCGGCAAAGACAGGACAUUUUUCAGAGACAGACAGAGGGAAAAAGACGAGGAUUCUUCGCUCGACAUCCAAGAAGUACGUCGGGCUUAGAUGUAGAUUCGAAAGGGAGAUCUAUCAAACUUACAACAAGUACGCCUAUUUGAUUUGGUCAACCGUCAUUCUCGUCAUUCUGGUAAAAUACACUUCAUACAGGAUCAGGAAAUUCUAUAAACAGCGUGAGGUUAUAGAGGAAUUGAGUAAGAAGGUCGUGAGUAAACUGAAGGCUGUCAAGAAACAGGACCAAGUGCCUGAUUUUUUAAGUGUGGUUCAGUUGAGAGAUGUACUGCUUGCUGACAUCACCGAUCUCAGUUAUAAGAACAAAUUGUGGCAAGCUGUAGCAAAGACUCUAGAAAGGAAUAAUACCAAUGUUCGCUCCACCCUCAUGGAAAUUCACGGCGAAAUAAUGAAAUGUUGGGAAUGGAUUGGACCACUUGACAGUAAUACUCAUGAUAGUCAACAAUAG